ACUCAGUUCUCUUCUUUAUGUGCUAACUAGCCCUAGGGUGACCGGAACGGCGAAGAUAGAGUCCGAUCGGAAGAGGAAGAAAGCGUCGAUCUCUGCGGCGGAUCGAACGGAGAAGGAAAACCGUAAGAAGAAGACAAAGAUGUCAUCGUCGUCGAACAGACAAGGCGGUGAGGUUAGGGCAUCGCACAUAUUGAUAAAGCACGAAGGUUCUAGAAGGAAGGCUUCGUGGAAGGAUCCAGAAGGCCGUGUUAUCAAGAACACCACCAGAGAAAGCGCUGUUUCUCAGCUUAAGGCCCUUCGCGACGACAUCGUUUCUGGCAAGGCCAACUUCGAGGACGUUGCGUCUCGCUUCUCUGAUUGCAGCUCUGCUAAGCGUGGCGGCGAUCUUGGUCCUUUUGGUCGUGGCCAGAUGCAGAAGCCCUUUGAAGAAGCAACUUUUGCUCUUAAAGUUGGUGAAAUUAGUGACAUUGUGGAUACUGACAGUGGAGUCCACAUCAUUAAGAGAACAAAUUGAUUAUUACACGGAAUAAACUCCUUUUAGGGAAGACGUUUGUAGAAGAUUCACAUGAUUCUUGUUCAGCUCAAGAUGUUUUGAUCUAUUGAUAUUUUACACAUGGCUGAGCCAUGUUAUUGGAUGAUAUAUCAUUUUAAUGACUAUUAAGAACCUGAAGUUGUAUGCUUGUAAUUUUGAAAAACAUAUUCAUAAGGUUUGGAUUCUAUUAUCUUUGGCAGGAGCAGGUCUUUUGUUGGUAUGUGAAUUCCAUAGUUACAGCCUACAGGUAUGAUGUUUUGCCGUAGGCAUAAAAUUUCACCUAUGAUACACCGUCCGUCUUAGCUUUUUUACCUGUAA